AUGUCAAGACUUGGAGUUAGGGAAGUGGUUUUAAGAUGCAGCUUUGGGCUUUCCAAGGCUGACACUCAUGAAGCACCCAUCAAGAAGAAGCGGCCCCCUGUGAAGGAGGAAGACUUGAAGGGGGCCCGCAGGAACCUAGCCAAGAACCAGGAAAUCAAAUCCAAGACCUACCAGGUCAUGCGGGAGUGUGAGCAAGCGGGCUCAGCUGCCCCUUCAGUGUUCAGCUGUAACCGCACAGGCACAGAGACCGUCUUCAAGAAGCCCAAAGCUGAACCUGCCAAGAGUGUCUUUGGCUGAGAAGUACACACUGCACCACCUCAAAUAC